AGUUUAAAUACACUCAAUUAGUAUUUGGUAGCAUUGCCUUUAAAUUGUUUAACUUGGGUCAAAUGUUUUAACCAUAAGUUAGGUGAAUUUAGGCCAAUUCCUCCUGACAGAGCUGGUGUAACUGAGACAGGUUUGUAAGGCCUACUUGCUCACACACACUUUCCCCACACAUUUCUAUAGGGUUGAGGUCAGGGCUUUGUGAUGGCCACUCCAACACCAUGACUUUGUUGUCCUUAAGCCAUUUUGCCACAACUUUGCAAGUAUGCUUGGGGUCAUUGUCCAUUUGGAAGACCCAUUUGUGACCAAGCUUUAACUUCAAUUGUCUUGAGAUGUUGCUUCAAUACAUCCACAUCCUCCCUCAUGAUGCCAUCUAUUUUGUGAAGUGCACCAGUCCCUCCUGCAGCAAAGCACCCCCACAACAUGAUGCUGCCACCACCGUGCUUUUAUUUAUUUAACCUUUAUUUAACCAGGUGCUUCACGGUUGGGAUGAUGUUCUUUGGCUUGCAAGCCUCCCCCUUUUUCCUCCAAACAUAACGAUGAUCAUUAAGGCCAAACAGUUAUAUCUUUGUUUCAUCAGACCAGAGGACAUUUCUCCAAAAAGUACGAUCUUUGUCCCCAUGUGCAGUUGCAAACCAUAGUCAGGCUUUUUUUUAUGGCGAUUUGGAGCAGUGGCUUCUUCCUUGCUGAGCAGCCUUUCAGGUUAUGUCGAUAUAGGACUUGUUUUACUGUGGAUAUCGAUACUUUUGUACCCGUUUCCUCCAGCAUCUUCACAAGGUCCUUUGCUGUUGUUCUGGGAUUGAUUUGCACUUUUCACACCAAAGUACGUUCAUCUCUAGGAGACAGAAGGCGUCUCCUUCCUUAGCGGUAUGACGGCUGCGUGGUUCCAUGGUGUUUAUACUUGCUUGCUAUUGUUUGUACAGAUGAACGUGGUACUUUCAGGGGUGUGGAAAUUGCUCCGAAGGAUGAACCAGACUUGUGAAAGUCUACAAUUGUUUUUCUGAGGUCUUGGCUGAUUUCUUUUGAUUUUCCCAUGAUGUUAAGCAAAGAGGCACUGAGUUUGAAGGUAGGCCUUGAAAUACAUCCACAGGUACACCUCCAAUUGACUAAAAUGAUGUCAAUCAGCCUAUCAGAAGCUUCUAAAGCCAUGCCAUCAUUUUCUGGAAUUUCCCAAGCUGUUUAAAGGCACAGUCAACUUAGUUUGUAUCAACUUCUGACCCACUGGAAUUGUGAUACAGUGAAUUAUAAGUGAAACAAUCUGUCUGUAAACAAUUGUUGGAAAAAUUACUUGUGUCAUGCACAAAGUAGAUGUCCUAACCGACUUGCCAAAACUAUAGUUUGUUAACAAGAAAUUUGUGGAGUGGUUGAAACGAGUUUUAAUGACUCCAAGUGUAUGUAAACUUACGACUUCAACUGUAUAUACAGUACUAUUCAAAGUUUGGACACACCUACUCAUUCAAGUUUUUCUUUAUUUUGUACUAUUUUCUACAUUGUAGUAUAAUAGUGAAGCCUUCAACACUUUUUUAUUUAUUUUGCUAUUUUGCACCCCAGUAUCUGUACUUGCACAUCAUCAUCUGCACAUAUAUCACUCUAGUGUUAAUGCUAAAUUGUAAUUAUUUCUCCUAUUGCCUUACCUCUCUAAUCUUACUACAUUUGCACACACUGUACAUAUAUUUUUGUAUUGUGUUAUUGACUGUAUGUUUGUUUAGCCCAUGUGUAACUCUGUGUUGUUGUUUUUGUCACACUGCUUUAUCUUGGCCAGGUCGCAGUUGUAAAUGAGAACUUGCCUCAACUGGCCUACCUGGUUAAAGAAUGGUGAAAUAUAUACAAAUAUUUUUAAAGAUGGAAUCAUGUAGUAACCAAACAAGUGUUAAACAAAGUAGCCACCAUUUGCCUUGAUGACAGCUUUGCACAAUUUUGGCAUUCUCUCAACCAGCUUAACCUGGAAUGCUUUUUCAACAGUCUUGAAGGAGUUCCCACAUAUGUUGAGCACUUGUUGGCUGCUUUUCCUUCACUCUGAGGUCCAACUCUUCCCAAACCAUCUCAAUUGAUUUGAGGUCGGGUAAUUGUGGAGGCCAGGCAAGUCUCUUCUUCUUAUUGGUGACCUUUAGUAGUGAUUUCUCUGCAGAUAUUUGACCACGAAGGCAUGAUUCACGUAGUCUCUUCUGAACAGCUGAUGUUGAGAUGUGUCUGUUACUUGAACUCUGUGAAGCAUUUAUGUGGGCUGCCAUUUCUGAAGCUGGUAACUCUAAUGAACUUAUCCUCUGCAACAUAGGUAACUCUGGGUAUUCCUUUCCUGUGGCGGUCCUCAUGAGAGCCAGUUUCAUCAUAGCGCUUGAUGGUUUUUGCGACUGCACUUGAAUACAUUUUUAAUGUUCUUGAAAUUUUCCUCAUUGGCUGUCCUUCAUGUCUUAAAGUAAUGAUGGAAUGUCUUUUUUCUUUGCUUAUUUGAGCUGUUCACGCCAUAAUAUGGACUUGGUCUUUUACCAAAUAGGGCUGUCUUCUCUAUACCCGCCUACCUUGUCACAACACAACUGAUUUGUCUCAAACACAAAGGAAAGAAAUUCCACAAAUUAACUUUUAAGAAGGCAUACCUGUUAAUUGAAAUGCAUUCUAGGUGACUAUCUCAUGAAGUUGGUUGAGAGAAUGCCAAGAAUGUGCAAAACUGUCAUGAAGGCAAAGGGUGGCUACUUUGAAGAAUCUCAAAGAUUAAAUAUAUUGAGAUUUGUUGAACACUUUUUUUGGUUACGACAUGAUUCGAUAUGUGUUAUUUCAUAGUUUCAAUUGCAGAUUUCCCUUUUAACCUAAAGUUGACAGAUCGGGAUGUUGCUACUCGACCAGUGUCAAGCACUGUUCAACACCUCCAGCCUCUAUGGGGUGCUGGGCGUUUCCAAGGAGGCGACAGACGCAGAGAUCCGACACAGCUACUACAAGGUGUCGCUCAGGGUUCACCCAGAUCGUGCUCCCGAAGACCUGCAGGCAACAGAGAAAUUUCAGGUGCUUGGGAAGUUAUAUGCCGUGUUGAGUGACAAGGAGCAGAGGGCAGUGUAUGAUGAGCAGGGACUUGUGGCUGAGGAAUCUGACUCACUACAGCAGGACCAAUGCUGGGAGGAGUACUGGAGGUUGCUGUUCCCUAAGAUCACAUUGGAGGACAUCCAGGAGUUUGAGAGGAAGUACAAAGGCACGGAGGAGGAGAGGCAGGAUGUGAUGCAGAUUUACCUGCAGCACCAGGGGAACAUGGACGCCAUCAUGGCCUCAGCCCUGUGCUGCUCUCAGGAGGACGAGCCCAGGAUCACAGCCCUUAUACAGACAGCCAUCCAGGCAGGGGAGCUCACGGCCUACCCUGCUUUCACCCAGGAGAGCACCAGGAAGAAGAAAACACGCAAACAUAAGGCUGAUGAAGAAAGACAAGAAGCUGAGGAGAGGCAGAGAGAGAUGGGACUCAAUGAUGCUGAUGACAGUCUUGUAAUGAUGUUAAAGCAAAAGCAGAAGUCCAGAGAACAGAAUUUUAACUCUUUCCUGUCUGACCUGGAAGCCAAAUACUCCAAGGGAGGAAAAGCCAAAGCAGGAGGGAACGGAAAAAAGUGAAGACUUCAAACCCUUGAAGUUAGAGGUUAAGGUCAAAUUUUUAUCAAAACUUGACACCUGCAUGCCCCCUAGUCACACAUCUAUCACGUAUUUCUUUACAAAUUAUCUUACUGAUCUAAGCUCCGCUAGCACCUCUGCUGAAAGUAGAAUAUGGCUUCUACUGCAGUGAGGUGAAUUGUCCCAGUACUUAAACAGCCCCUCUAUUCCCUCGAAAGUCUCCUGUGCCUUACACUAAGCCCUCAUCACAUUAAGGGUUGUUAGGAAAACACCUACCUUUUAGUUGGAGUCUCUCUAAGGCUUGUCUUUUCUCUUCCCAUUAAGGUAUGCUAUGUGAAACCCCAAAGUUUUGUGCUUGUCUUUUUUAUAUGGGAAAAUAAAGGUAAUGUGCUUAUAAAAGUAGAAAGCAGCCAGUCGAAGCAUGUCAGUGUUCAAAAGGCUUUUGUUUCUCCCUGCAUAGUUGGACUUGCCAUUCGGGUCAUCCUACGAAAAUUGUCUUUCCUGUCCCCUACCUUAACCACCAGGAAAAACACUUAUGUUAGAUAAUGACAUGUUGUUUUAAUUUAAGUGUUUUGUUAAUAAAACAUAUGUAAAACAGAUAUUGCAAAACUAUUUGUAUAUAGUGCGUUUGGAAAGUAUUCAGACCCCUUGAUUUUUUUCCCCCCCACAGUAGUACUUUACAGCCUUAUUCUAAAAUGUAUUAAAAAACAUGUUUUUUCUCAAUCGACACAUAAUACCCCAUAAUGACAAAGCAAAAACAGUUUUAGACAUUUUUGCAAAUUUAUUUAAAAUGAGCUAUCAUAUUCACAUAAAUAUUCAGACGCUUUACUCAGUGCCUUGUUGAAGCACCUUUGGCAGCGAUUACAGCCUCGAGUAUUCUUGGGUAUGACGCUACAAGCUUGGCACACCUGUAUUUGGGGAGUUUCUCCCAUUCUUCUCUGCAGAUCCUCUCAAGCUCUGUCAGGUUGGAUAGGGAUCGUCGCUGUACAGCUAUUUUCAGGUCUCUCCAGAGAUGUUCGAUUGGGUUCAAGUCCGGGCUCUGGCUGGGCCACUCAAUGACAUUCAUAGCCUUGUCCCGAAGCCACUCCUGCAUUGUCUUGGCUGUGUGCUUAGGGUCGUUGUCCUGUUGGAAGGUGAAGCUUUGCCCCAGUCUGAGGUCCUGAGCACUCUGGAGCAGGUUUUCAUCAAGGAUCGCGCUGUACUUUGCUCUGUUCAUCUUUCACUUUAUCCUGACUAGUCUCCCAGUCCCUGACACUGGAAAAUAUCCCCACAGCAUGAUGCUGCCACCACCAUGCUUCACUGUAGGGAUGGUGCCACGUUUCUUCCAGACGUGACGCUUGGCAUUCUGGCCAAAGAGUUCAAUCUUGGUUUCAUCAAGAUUCAUCUAUAACGUAACAAAAUGUGGAAAAAGGGAAGGGGUCUGAAAACUUUCCAAAUGCACUAUAUAUACACAGUUGAAGUCAGACGUACAUACAUUUAAACUCAGUAUUUCACAAUUCCUGACAUUUAAUCCUAGUAAGAAUUCCCUGUCUUAGGUCAGUUAGGAUCACCACUUUAUUUUAAGAAUGUGAAAUGUCAGAAUAAUAGUUUAGAGAAUAAUUUGUUUCAGCUUUUAUUUAUUUUAUCACAUUCACAGUGGGUCAGAAGUUUACAUACACUCAAUUAGUAUUUGGUAGCAUUGCCUUUAAAUUGUUUAACUUGGGUCAAACGUUUCAGGAAGCCUUCCACAAGCUUCCCACAAUAAGUUGGCUGAAUUUUGGCCCAUUCCUCCUGACAGAGCUGGUGUAGCUGAGUCAGGUUUGUAGGCCUCCUUGCUCGCACACACUUUUUCAGUUCUGCCCACAAAUUUUCCAUAGGAUUGAGGUCGGGGCUUUGUGAUGGCGACUCCAAAACCUUGACUUUGUGGUCAUUAAGCCAUUUUUCCACAACUUUGGAAGUAUGCUUGGGGUCAUUGUCCAGUUGGAAGACCCAUUUGCGACCAAGCUUUAACUUCCUGACUGAUGUCUUGAGAUGUUGUUUCAAUAUAUCCACAUCAUUUUCCUCCUUCAUGAUGCCAUCUAUUUUGUGAAGUGCACCAGUCCCUCCUGCAGCAAAGCACCCCCACAACAUGAUGCUGCCACCCCCGUGCUUCAAGGUUGGGAUGGUGUUCUUCGGCUUGCAAGCCUCCCCCUUUUUCCUCCAAACAUAACGAUGGUCAUUCUGACCCAUUGGAAUUGUGAUUAAAUGAAAUAAUCCGUUUGUAAACAAUUGUUGGAAAAAGGACUUGUGUCAUGCAAAGUAGAUGUCCUAACCGACUUGCCAAAAGUUUGUUAACAAGAAAUUUGUGGAAUGGUUGAAAAACGAGUUAAUGUAAACUUCUGACUUCAACUGUAUAUAUUUUCUACGAAAUAUAAUUUUUCUCCCACUCUAAAUGUCAUAAUACAUUAGAAAGUAUUAGUUAUUUAGUGGAUUACUUAAACUAAUGUCAACUAAAUAUAACUAAUUUACAGGGAAUAGCUGUCCCUCAAUUUCAUGUCAAUGGUGUUACGCCAUUAAAUAACAUUUAUAAAAGCAA